GUGCGCGGGGCCGUCGGGCGGAUGAAAGGCAGCGCCAGCGGCAAGGGCGGCAUCGCCAUCGGCACCGUCCGUUCCGCGGGACCACGUGCUACCAUGGCGGCCGCGAAGCUUGUCGCCACCGUGCGGGAUGCUCCUGGUGAUGCGUGGGAGCAAGAG